UUCACAAGCACAAAGGGCAGGAUGGAGGCCAUUAAGAAGAAGAUGCAGAUGCUGAAGCUGGACAAGGAGAAUGCCAUCGACCGGGCGGAGCAGGCCGAGUCGGAUCAGAAGGCUGCAGAAGACAAAUGCAAACAGCUGGAAGACGAAAUGGUUGGUUUACAAAAGAAACUGAAAGGAACAGAAGACGAGCUGGACAAAUAUUCAGAAGCUCUUAAAGAUGCGCAAGAGAAACUGGAUCUGUCUGAGAAAAAGGCGGCAGACGCUGAAGGUGAUGUGGCCGCUCUGAACCGCAGGAUCCAGCUGGUGGAGGAGGAACUGGACCGGGCUCAGGAGAGACUGGCCACCGCGCUUCAGAAACUCGAGGAGGCUGAGAAAGCCGCCGAUGAGAGCGAGAGGGGCAUAAAGGUGAUUGAGAAUCGUGCCAUGAAGGAUGAGGAGAAGAUGGAAAUUCAGGAGAUGCAACUCAAAGAGGCGAAACACAUCGCAGAGGAAGCAGAUCGCAAAUACGAGGAGGUCGCUCGUAAGUUGGUGAUUUUGGAGGGGGAAUUAGAAAGAGCAGAAGAGAGAGCGGAGAUCGCUGAACUUAAAGGUGCAGAUCUGGAAGAAGAGCUAAAAAACGUAACCAACAACCUCAAAUCUUUAGAAGCCCAAUCAGACAAGUAUUCAGAGAAAGAGGACAAAUAUGAAGAGGAGAUCAAAGUUCUCACUGAUAAACUGAAAGAGAUUGAAACUCGUGCUGAGUUCGCAGAAAGGACGGUCGCCAAACUGGAAAAGACUAUCGAUGACCUGGAGGAUGAACUGUAUGCUCAGAAGCUGAAAUACAAGGCCAUCAGUGAGGAGCUGGAUCAUGCUCUCAAUGAUAUGACCUCUUUGUAGAUCUCGUCAUGCCUCUAUAGUGCAUGAAUUGGACAUUUUAAGACUCUAUACGCUGGAAUGUUCUGGAAAUGUUUGUUCUGAAUCUCUCUAUAUCUCUCUCUCACACACACCAUUUGUGCCUUGUGUAUUUUCACUCUUUUAAAGUUAAAAAAAAGUUUUGAAGUUUAAAUACAAAUAGACUAUUUACUUUCUUAAUGCACAUUCUGCUUUUCAUUGAAAAAUAUUUGUGUUUACAAUUUUAUGUUGAUUCUUAUGAAGUUACUUUCAAGUGACAUUCAUCCAUCUGCUUAUUCUUUUUCACUCCUAAACAUAUUUUAAAUGGCAAUGUUAUGAUGGCUUUAAGAGACACUUUCUCAAGUUUAAUAAAGAUUUUUUCCCGCCCUUUAAACUCCAUCGGUUUUGUUUCUUUCUAUCUGCUCUAAAUAUUUCCAUCUAAAUAUUUCUUUGUUCACUCAGCUUUGUUGUACUUCACUCAAAAGAGGAUAGCACAAUUUCUUUAAAACAAGUGAUGAUGAAAAUUGAGCAAGUUGUUUGCAUUUGGUUAAGACACCAAUGGUAAGGACAUUGAUGUUCCAAUGUGAUGCUGAAACAUGCUAAAAACUUUUGAAUUAGAAGUGUAUGUUUGGUCUUUUUGCAUUUUAAGAGCGUGAUCGAACAACGGUGAGCUUAUUUUGGGGUGUGUACUUCUGAACCUCUUUUAUAAGGGAAUAAUCCAUGAUGCAUUGCGAUUGACAUGAUCAAUAUAAAACUAUAUAUUUAUAGCCAUAGUGUUAAAGUCUAUAAACUAAGAUUAUGCCAGUAUGUGAUGUGUGAACAUAUCCUCAAGCUCGGCAAUUAAAACAACAUUUUCAUAGAUUGCUUUAAAUCAUUUAAAAGUAUUUUUAUUCAAGGCUGUAGUUUAUAUAAAUAUUAAUAAAUCUUAAACAUGCAUGAUAUGAAUUUCGACACCUUUGUGAGUUACAUCAACACGUUGUGCUGUCUAGAUUUUACAGAUGUAGAAAUUCACAUGUGUGUCAUGUUUAAUAAAAUCAUGAUGCUUGUCUG